CCUCUAAUCGCAUCAUCCAGCGGUUUCUGGAUCCCUCGGAUAAAACUGGAGGAUUGAAGCGGAUUGUGUUUACAUGAUUUUUGGCUGUUCCUGAAAGCAGAAGCAGCGAUGAUAAUGGACUUAAAUGCCAUCAUAGAGAAAAUGGAAACGGGCGAUCAAGACGCCGCGUUGACAGCUUUACAGACCUAUAAUAAAGAGAAGUCACAGUGUUUUUCGUUUACCACAGGGGAGGAGGAAGACAGAGAGCGGCUGGGCGAGCUAGUGCUUGGCUUCCUGGAGCGAGACCUCCAACCGUCAUGUCAGCUGGCCUGCCUGGAAAGCAUCCGAAUCCUCUCGCGUGAUAAGAAGAGCCUGGCUCCAUUCACCACCCGCCAUGCGAUGCAGAUACUGAUCCGACACGCCUGCCUGGGUCAGGUCGAGGGCAUCACACCUGAGAUCCCAGACCUGGAAGUGAUCGUGGAAGCCCUGAAGUGCUUAUGCAACAUUGUCUUCAACAGCGAAGCAGCUCAGGAGGCGGGGGCGGAGCUUCAGUUGAUCAUGGGAUUGGUUGAGAGGAUGAAACAGUGCCGCGAGCCUCAGUGGAAUCAUGACGUUCGAUUCUUCGACCUGCGGCUCACGUUUCUGAUUACCGCCCUCCGUGUGGAUGUGAGAGCUCAGCUGGCACGCGAGCUGCGGGGUGUUAGUCUGCUGUCAGAGGCUCUGGAUGCCACGCUUGACCUCUGUUGGCCUGACACAUACGAAGUUGCCCGUGCGGGUGUGGAUGGGUGCUCAGAGCUGCCCCCGUUGGGGAGGCAGGAGACGGAGCGAGCUAUGGAAAUCUUAAAGAUUCUUUUCAAUGUCACCUUCGAUUCCAACCGUCGAAAGGUGGACGAGGAGGAAGCAGCCACUUAUAGACACCUGGGUGCCAUACUGAGACACUGCAUUAUGAGCACCUCAGAGGGGGAGGAACACACAGAGGAGAUGCACAGCCACACAGUGAACCUUCUGGGGAACCUGCCCCUUCCAUGUCUUGAUGUCUUGCUGAUGCCUAAAGUCCAGCAGGGGUCUAUUGAGUACAUGGGCGUCAACAUGGAUGCCGUCAAAGUGUUGCUGCAGUUUAUGGAGAAAAGACUCGACAGGGGAGACAAGCUCAAGGAAACCCUGCUGCCUUCAUUAAAUUUACUGACGGAGAGUGCCCGGAUUCACAGAGAGACAAGGAAAUUCUUACGAAUGAAAGUGCUUCCCCCAUUACGAGAUGUCAAAAACCGACCCGAGGUUGGUCAUGCCCUGCGAAACAAGCUGGUGCGUCUAAUGACCCACAUAGACACAGACGUGAAGCACUGUGCCGCUGAGUUCCUGUUUGUGCUGUGCAAAGAGAGCGUUUCCAGGUUUAUCAAGUAUACAGGUUACGGUAACGCGGCAGGGCUGCUAGCCGCUCGUGGCCUGAUGCGAGGGGGUCGAGACCCCGGACACUACUCCGAGGACGAGGACAGCGAUACUGAGGAGUACAGAGAGGCGAAGCCUCAGUACGUCACAACCAAUAAGAUGAAAGUUAUCAAUCCUGUAACCGGACGUGUGGAGGAAGAGCAGCCCAACCCUAUGGAGGGAAUGACUGAAGAACAGAAAGAGUCCGAGGCCAUGAAACUAGUCAACAUGUUCGACAAACUCUCCAGGGAGCAAGUCAUCCAGCCAAUGAUAAUUGGAGCUGAUGGUAAAAUGACCUCAUUGGAACCACAAGAACUCCAAUUUUUAGCCCAACAACAGUUUGGAGAGCCCAAUAAUUCUGAAAGCGACAGCGAUACAAACUAAUGGGGUGUACCAGAAUUACUAUGAUAGGAUAUUUGGAAUGUUGCAGUUCAGUAACGAGCACUUGAGUCCUUUUACAGGACAGAUUAUUUAAUGCUUAUUUAAACGUUAACAAAAACUCUUGGUGAAUCAUAUUAAAGAAUCAAAUCUUUUGACACAACUUCUUGAUUUGUACUCAUGAUGAAAACACCUGGUGAUGUUUUUCUCAGUUCAUUUGAGGUUUAUAGUGUUGGUCUGUUUUUAGGUAAUAUAUUCUGUACAAGGACACUGAAAACGUGGUUUGGUUGUACAGCGCUAGAGUUAAUUUACAGUAAUGAAACUACCACCAUAUGAUGUCAUGGAAGCAAAAAAAGACAGAAAAAAAUAAAGAAUGUGGCCUAAGAAUAAUGUUACAAGAUGAUAAUGAUAAUAAUAUUAAUGAUGACAAAGACAAAGCACUGCUAUUUAUUUAUUUAUUGGUUUAAGGAUGAACCGAACUGAGCAUGGAAAUACUUAAAGUUACGAUAAAUAAAAUAAACAGAGUUUACAAGAUA